UAUAUAUAUAUAUUUAUAUGUACGCGUUGUACGACCCGGUAAGAACAAAAACUUCCUUCAUCUCGAAGAUCCUGGAUCAUACCAAUGCAUCCACACAGGCUGUAGCUCAAAGAGACGGUUGAAGAGCAGCUGACCAGAGAUUGCACUCCGAGUUGUACCAAGAUCAAGCUUGCUUGUUUGUAAACCUUUCCAAAGCGCGGGACUUAGUCCGCAACUCUGUCUGACCAGUUAUUUUUCGUCAGGCUGUGCAGUCCAGGAUCAUGGGUGAGAUACAGGCCAAACUUUUUGCAAAUCAAGAAGACUUUUGGCGCCGAGGGCAGGUGGAAAUCAAGCGAUUGCAGCAGCAACAAAACGAGGUGGUCGACACACUGGCUAAGAUGCAGGAGCAGCAGGCUGAGCUGGCCGCUGAGCAUCAGAGAGUCAAAGGUGCAUUGGUGGAGGUCACCUCCAAGUUUGAGCAGGUCACUUGCAAUCACAAAACUGAGGUUAUUUGGGCACUUCCGCCUCACGCGUGGCAAGGCAGGUCUUCAUCCCCAUGUAAGCAGGCUGCAGAUGCUGCAGAUGCAGACGGCAAGGUGGCUUUGUGCACGCCCCCGCGGACGUCUCCUCAGGACCAAACCACAUGGCCUGCACCAGGGUCGAGUCCAGCGGUCCUGUCGCUUGCAAGUGCUCUACCAUCAGACUUUAAGCGCCUCAACCUGGCGGAAUGGAUCGACCAGGUUUCGCCUGGAAAGUCGACGGAGACACCUUCGUUGCCAACUAGGUCAAAGAGAAUGUCUUUGAGCUCCCAGGAAACCGAGGAAGCUCGCCAAUUCCAAGUGGAGAUUGUCAAGGAGACGGGGUUCACUACACUUGGCAUCGAGGUGAACCAAGAAGAUGGUGCUUUGCUUGUCGAUCACAUUGACGAGCAUGGGCUGGUCGGAAACUUCAACGCCAAAGAGGAUUCGGCAAGACAGAUACUUGUGGGAGACAGCAUUGUGGAGGUGAAUGGAAUCCAAGAUCCUGAACAAAUGCUGAAGGAGAUCAAGGCUUGCAGAAAAGUUGUUUGUGCAUGAGUGCGCAGAAGGUGUCACAAGCUUUGCUGCUGGUGCUGCUCAGGACGCAGGUGAGACGGGAUGAGACAGAUGCUAUGCCAGGUACCCAUGAAAGCUUGAGUCUUGAGACAAACCCGAGAGUCUUGAGACAAAUGAGCCACGCCGAUAAACCUAUCAGUUCUAAAUCUGAAAGCAGCGCAACAGAGUAAUUCUGAUGUAUGCGCUAUGCGCUUGCUUCUGAUUUUGCUAGGCCCAAUGUACUGCAGAUUAUUUAUGACUUUUUGAUAUUGUACUUGCUGGCUCAAACUCAGUUUGGAUGCUUGCUCACACUUCAAGAGCCUCUUCGGCGGGAUUGGGGGUUGCAAAAAGUACUCGCCUCAGGAAGCAGUGGAGCUGAGUGGAGCUGAGAGCGAGUUUGCUGCAAUCAGCGGCACUGCGGCACAUGAGUUGCAUACAGCCAACAGUUCCACAACAAAGUGCCGACAUCAAAAAAAAAUCACGUUCGUCACGGAUGUUGCUAUGGCAAUGUCAAUUCUAGUGCCCGGUCGAGAGUUGUUUAAUCAGGUUUGAUCUGUCUCCUGCUGGUUGCCAGCAUCAGACAGAGUUCCCAUUCACGUGGCCCCCACCUAGGGUGUGCCAAGCACUUGGGUUUGCCAGGCAGUGGGUGGGUCACACACUGGGUGUGCCAUAUUGGGGAAGUGGCCGCGAGAUGCAAAAAGG